ACAAGUGCGAGCCGACAACGGUUUCUUUGAAAGGACACAAUAUCAGAGCUGACUCCACACACACAAGACGAUGACCGGAAUCCCCAGCGUCGUGCUAAUUUUCUGCUUAGCUGCGGUAACGAAUGCCAAUUGGGAAACAGUGAGGCGUUCGACAAGUGGGCUUGUUGGAGGAUGGAGGGAGCACAAGUACCCGUCGGAGUCACAGAAGUUUAUUACGCUUGCCUAUCAAGCCUUCGCUGAUGCCCUCGGCGAACCUUACUUGCACGGAACUAAUUUAAGAGUUUCGAAAGCUUCGACACAGGUCGUCGCUGGUCUCAACCACAAGCUCGAAGUAGAGCAAACUCAGGUGAGCUGUGGAUUCAAGCGUCCGCCAUUUCCCGGUGCAUGGCAGAAUCCCAACAGUCUAGUCUGCUUCACAGGCAAGGUCAUUGCUGUGUGCACGAUUGAGUACUUCAUUCCCAUUAAAACAUCGACACCGAAUAUUACUUCUUUUGAAUGCAAGAAACCAUCCUUCGAGGAAUAAAUUGACAUUGGUCUGAACAACUA